AUGACUUUCAACACACUUUUGUUCAAACAUCUCUUGACUAUUUUAGCAUCGCUGGCGACCAUCAAUCCCAACAUAAUCGACCAUGGCCACUUCGACUUUGGGGGCAUCGACCGCCUCAAUGAGUCGCUCACAAAGUCCAUCCGCCCGACUCUGGACCUGAGGGAGCAAAGAGGAGAGGUAUUACAGAUAGGUGACGACGCGGACGCCCUUUUCUUACGAGACUUACCGGCGUUAAACAAUACAACAACAACAACAAUCCGCCCGACUCUGACCCCGGAGCCAAACAGAAUUAAGCGUCAGGACGCCGCGUCGAGCACCAUCCUCAACUCUCUGACCGUCGCCGCCAGCGACGCCUUUGUCUCGAUCGAUAUCCAGUUCUUCACUUCAUCUACCAACAUGCGCGCUAUCAACACCACUAGCAGUGGGAACACCAACUCAAUCACCAGCGAACUUGAAGUAUGGCCCGAUGCUGAUGUUUUCAAAUUCGAAAACGGCGACCACAUCAAGGAGUUUUUGGUUCUCGAGAACCGAGGCUCUAUCCAUGGCUUCAACUUCACGACGGCCAGCGGCACGACGUACUCCGCAACGGGUCAGGUCCUCCGCGACCCUCCCCGGAUGCAAAAGGGCCCCGUCGGAUCCGGAAUUCUGGGCCGUAUGCGCGUACAAUACUGCAACAUUGGCCAGAUCGGCCACCUCGGCUUUGACCUCCUCGAUGAGCUCCAGUCCGUCUCCGUCAGCAACAUUGCGCACUCUGGCUUCACGGACAACAUUAUAUCCUCCGGCCCCGGACAGACCAUGGGUAUCGGCUCGAAGAUCGUGGAUAACCGCAAGUACACCGCCGAGCAAAUCGUCACAGUCGUGAAGAUGCACGACGUGACAAAGUCGUACACCAACAGCGUCGCGAACCAGUGGAAUGUCGAAGGCCGGGUCACCGUCGAGGCCGAAGCUGGCAUCCCUCUCAUUGGCAAGACCCAGGUGACGACGGAGUUCUCCUGGCAGGUGCAAAAGACCAUCACCGAAGAAGACACGGAGGGUGAGACUCUGACCAAGUCCGCCACCAUCAACCUCAAGUGCCCGCCCAAGAAUUACUGCGUGGGCUCGUCCUUCUUCACAAUCUUCAAGAUGGACGUCGAAGUCGAGGCCACGUUCCGCGCCAAGACGAAGUCAGGCAAAGACUUCUUCUGGAAGCAGAAGGGCAAGUAUGAAGGCGCUGACUCCAUCGCCCUGUAG